CCCCCGAUGUUCCGUGGGCCGGGCCCCGCCCCUGUCCCGGUGCGAGGCUGACGCCGCCCUUGUGCUGACAGGUGACGGGACCGAGCCCACGGGUAGCUGCUUCAUUCUGUGUUUCGUCUCUCCAGCGCUGUGCGGCCUCUCUCCCAGUGGUCGAGAUGCCGAAACCUAUCAAUGUUCGUGUUACAACCAUGGAUGCAGAGCUGGAAUUUGCCAUCCAGCCCAAUACCACCGGCAAGCAGCUCUUCGACCAGGUGGUGAAAACAGUUGGGCUACGAGAGGUCUGGUAUUUUGGACUCCAGUACACUGACAGCAAGGGAUAUCCGAAUUGGCUGAAGCUCGAUAAAAAGGUAUCCCAGCAGGACUUAAAGAAGGAAACUCCAGUUCAGUUCAAGUUCCGUUGCAAGUUCUUCCCUGAGGACGUGUCUGAGGAGCUGAUCCAGGAGAUCACCCAGAAGCUCUUCUUCCUUCAGGUCAAGGAAAGCAUUCUUUCCGAUGAGGUGUACUGUCCCCCUGAGACAGCUGUGCUCCUGGCCUCUUACGCUGUGCAGGCAAAGUUCGGAGACUUCAACUUGGAAUCACACAAGGCUGGCUACCUGACAUCCGAUCGCCUGCUCCCACAGCGUGUGGUGGAGCAGCACAAGCUGAGCAGAGAGCAGUGGGAGGAGAGGAUCCAGAUCUGGCACGAGGAGCACCGCGGGAUGUUGAAAGAGGAUGCCAUGGUGGAGUAUCUGAAGAUUGCCCAGGAUCUAGAGAUGUAUGGCAUCAACUACUUUGAAAUUAAAAAUAAGAAGGGCACAGACCUUUGGCUGGGAGUUGACGCCUUGGGUCUCAAUAUCUACGAACAAAAUGACAAACUGACACCCAAGAUUGGUUUCCCCUGGAGUGAAAUCCGCAACAUUUCCUUCAACGAUAAGAAAUUUGUCAUCAAGCCCAUUGACAAGAAGGCCCCUGAUUUUGUUUUCUAUGCUCCUCGCCUGAGGAUCAACAAGAGGAUCCUUCAGCUGUGUAUGGGCAACCACGAGCUGUACAUGAGACGACGGAAACCUGACACCAUUGAGGUGCAGCAGAUGAAGGCUCAGGCUCGGGAAGAAAAGCACAAGAAGCAGCUGGAUAGGGCACAGCUGGAGCAGGAGAAGCAGAAGAGAGAGAUGGUGGAGAAGGAGAAGGAGCAGAUGGAGAGGGAAACCCGUGACCUGAUGUUGAAGCUGAAACAUUACGAAGAUCAGACGAAGAAAGCUGAGAGGGACCUUGCUGAGCAGAUGCAGAGAGCUGCCCAGCUGGAGGAGGAGAGGAGGAGAGCUCAGGAGGAGGCUGAGCGGCUGGAGAUCGAGCGCCUGGAGGCCCUGCGUGCCAAGGAGGAGCUGCAGAGGCAAUCAGAGGAUCAGAUGAAGAGCCAGGAGCAGCUGGCUGCUGAGUUGUCUGAAUAUACAGCGAAGAUUGAGGAGCUGGAAGAUGCCAGGAGAAGGAAAGAGGAAGAAGCCUUCGAAUGGCAGCAUCGGGCACGGGUGGUCCAGGACGACCUGGAGAAAACCAGAGAGGAGCUGCACAUGGUGAUGUCUGCCCCACCCCCUCCUCCACCCCCUCCUCCCAUCUACGAGGCUCUGGAAGAAAAUGAGCAGAAUGACAUUGAAGAGAAUCACACCUCGUACAGCGCUGAGCUGGACACAGAGGGCAUCCUGGACCACAGGAUCGAAGAGGAACGCAUGACCGAGGUGGAGAAGAAUGAGCGAGUGCAGCAGCAGCUGAUGUUGUUGAGCACUGAGCUAGCCCAGUCCAGGGACGAAAGCAAGAAAACCUCCAAUGAUAUCAUCCACAUGGAAAACGUUCGAAAAGGACAAGACAAGUACAAGACCCUGCGCCAGAUCCGGAGGGGGAACACCAAGCAGAGGGUGGAUGAGUUUGAAUCGAUGUAAGGUUUCACUGAGGCAGUCCAUGUGCAUUGCUCUGGACAGGGUGAUAAACCAUUGGAAGUACCUUUCUCUUGGUGGUCUGAGCACCUGGCUUGGAUCCUAGAAUAGUGGCUGGGCCCACAGCCUGCUUAUCUUUUUAUCGUCUAAAUUUUAUAUGAAAGUGUCCAAAUUUUGAGAAUUUCUUUUGAUCCUUUGCAUCCUUGAGCAAUGAACCAGAUUGUUAGUCAUGUAAUUGUUCUAUAACUUUUCCAGCUCUUGAAGAAAAAGUCCUUUAAUCUGAUAUAAUAUGCUGUGGUGCAUAAAUGAUUAUUUUGUGCCAAAAAUAGAUUAGUGAAAGUGUUUCUUCGGAAAAGGAGGGGAGCUUAGUCUGCAGUCUAACGCUGUGUAAUGGAGGAAAUCAGACUGUUCCCUUGUACCACUUUGUGCCACAAGUCAUAGUCACCCAUGUAAAAACAUUCCAUACAAUGCUUGCCAUUCUACUAAUAUAUUUUAUAUCUCAGAUAUUUCUGGGCACCUGCAAACACAGUGGGCCCCACACACAUGAUCAAUGCACUAUUGAAACAUUUAAGACACUCUUUCCUUUUUCAUUACCUCCAGUUAUGAAUUGCCAUAGGUUUAAUAUAAUAUCAGAAUUCAGCAAUGAUUACUUAGUACAGUUUGGUUUAAAAAUAACAAGGGGAAUGGUUCAUAUUUUGUAUAUUUUUGCUAUUACAAGAUUUGCACUUCAACACUUAGGAUGUCAACAAGUUAUUACCUUCAUAAUAAAGGCUAGUUCUGUGUGGUACUUUACAUAAUCUGACUAUUUUAUAGAACAGAAUCUAUUUGUAAAGUUUUUUUUUACUUCAGAUCAAAUAAAUAGUAAAGCUUAUUUGUAAAAAGAAAUUCUGUAGCAAGAGCAAAUUGUCAUAUUCUAUUUAAUCUAAUCAACUAAGAAGACAACUAUUGCAACUUCUGUAGGCCUGGCUUUGAUUUAGAUGUCAUAAACCCUCAGAUGUGAGUUUGUAAUUUGAACAUGUUCCUUUCCCUACAUAGGUGAGCAGUACAGACCUGUCACACUCCUUCGCAAUAGUGUGCUUAUCACUAACCAGCUUUGCUCCUCUAAUCUUAUGCUUUUGUUGCUCCGCACUUUGUACUUGCAAGCCUUGUACUGAUAUGGUCUUUGAAAUAUUAAACUGCAUCUAAUAAAGAUGUUGGCAAGA